CAGCAAUUACGAAAAACGAAGUGCUUGUGAACGCAUCAUUACUGCCGCGCUCGUGCUGCUAACAAGCUAGCUUCAUGUCAGAGCGAGGACGGCUAACGAGUCAGAUUAGCCUGCCAAUUCUCAGUGAAAGUACAUAAUAUUUUAUUUUUGAAAUGUUGGCGGACGACGCACAAUUCAUGUCUAUCCUGAAAGGAAAACGCAUCAAACUGACACUGAAGAAUUCGUCGUAUUUCGGAGUGGUGCAACGUAUCAAUCCGAACAAAACGUUGGUUUUGGCGGACGUAAGUGAUGGUAAUGGACGCAAAUGUCCCGGAACUAAGAUAUUCUUUGGCCACGAGAUUUUGAAUGUUGAAUUUCCUGAUGACGCCAGUGCUGAAUGUGGAAAUGAGACUGAGGACGGACUUGAGGAGCAGUUGAACUUGGAAAAGUUUCAAUCAUGCAUAAAAGCAACUACACUUUCUGAUGAUGAAGAGCAGGAGGAUUCCAUUAACUUUGUGGUGGUUGAUGAGUUCUAUGAGAAGUUUGGGCCGGCGGUGAUGCACAUCAAAAGGCAGCAUGUGAUCGGCGUGGGAGCUGAGGGAGUUGGGAUAUUUCAGAAUGGAAGACUCUGUUGGCUACAGAUUGCUACUAAAAACAAGGUGUACUUAUUUGACAUCCUGUUACUUGGAGGUCGGGCAUUUAAGAACGGUCUCUCCAUGAUUUUGGAAAGUAAGCACAUACUGAAGGUGAUUCAUGACUGCAGAGCCAUCGCUGGAAGUCUUGUUGCUCAGUUUGGAGUAAAGUUAACCAACGUCUUUGACACUCAGGUGGCAGAUGCAAUGUGCUUCUACUCGGAGACGGGGGGUUUCCUUCCUGACCGAGUCAGCACUCUGCAGGAGGUGGUAAGCCUCCAUCUGAAGGUGCCAUUCUCGAGGCUUUCAUCUCUUCAGAUGAAGCCACAUAUCACCAAGGAAGAGCAGGAAAUAUGGUACAAGCGGCCCUGUCCCGUACCCUUGCUGAAGGCCUUGGUUUUGUCCGUGAUACACCUGCAGCCUCUCAGACUGCGGCUGCUGGACGGGCUCAUGAGUGACUACAUGGGUCUGGUGGAUUCGUACCUCAACAGCAGCCACUACCAGCCUGAUGAACUGGCGCAUGUCAGUAUGCAGGGUGUGUUGGAGUUGCCUGUGGAGCUCCGGCAGCUGGAAGACUUCCGUCAUGAGCGGCGGGAGUGGGCCACCAGCCACUUCCCGGUCACAGCCCGGGGUCAGCUGGAGCGCUUCAACCCACACCCUGAGCCCCCACCCCGGACCUCUGCUGCCGCAGGAAACCCCGGUGAGACUGAGCCUGGCUGCUGUGAACCUGCCACAGACCAUCCCCCUUCACCCCCACAAAUGGAGCCUCUUAUUCACCCUACCAGUGUCCCCACUUCUCCUGCCCAGGAUGUCCACCCCUCUUCUAAGCCCCGAGCCCCGUCUACAGCAUCUGCAGUGUCACACCUUCAGGAAGAAGUGUUUGACAAAGGGAAUGUCCCUACAGGUGUAGAUGGAGGAUGCAGAGAUUCACAAAUAAACAUCUUAGGAGGAGGGAGAUCACUCAGGCGCGAGCAAUCAUCUCGCCAGGUUUUACCCUCUAUGGGAAGAGGUUUCCUUCUCCAUCUACCUCCACCUCAGAUUCCAGGAGAACCUGCUGAUCUCAAAGCUCCCUUUGCACAGGAAGCUCCCCCCACCGGUCACACACUCUGCAAAGAGACCGAACCCCACUCUGGCUGCCGAGAUGAUGAGCUUUCCAAAGACAUUCUUCCAGAGGGACUCCCCACGAUCGCUUUAGCCCGGCGCCAUCACACGUGGACGAGCCAUGAAGGUGGCAGCAGGGUGGUGCUGCGGGCCCCCCCGUCCGGCAUAAUGGCAUGUUAUUGGCCUGAGAGGAAGGAACUCUGCGCUUGUCACACGGUAGUCACCAUUUCCUCCCUCCCUUCCACCUCCCCCCCUCCUGCAGCACUCUCAACCCCCAAACUUCAGACAGUGUUAUGUCCUUCAGAGGGGAAAGAUGUCUGCACCUUCAGCAUCAUAGCAGGAUGUGUCCGCGCUAUAUUUAGACUCAAGUCGGAA